GGAGUUAUAUUAAUUCCCGCACUGAUGCAGUGGCGCAAAGAUCGCAGCCGCCUCUCAGAGCUGGGAAACUCUUCCUGAAGUUGGGACCUUUUUUAGUUUAAAAGCCGUUUUCAUGAAUUAACUGUGGGUCAUUUCAAAAGCUGGAAUCGCCAGCUGUCCACUUACCCGUGCGAUAAGCUAACACCACCAAGGCUCGGUGGAUAAGGUUUAACAAUUUUAGGGUUAAUAAAAAAAUCAGUCAAGGACUGGCGCGUUUUUUCAGCGCUAAAUCAGGACGCCUUUGUUAUGCUAAUGGUCCUGACAUCAUCUCACUUCAAAGAGGUUUGUCGGCCAGAUAUAACCGGGAUCCGGCACUAGAGAGAGGGAGAGGGAGAGAGAGAGAAGGAGAGAGAGAGAGAGAGAAGGAGAGAGCGGGAGAGGGGGAAGGAGGGAGAGAGGGAGAGGGAGAGAGAGAGAGGGCAGGAGACAGAGAGAGGGGGAAUCUUCUUGGGAUGGUAUUCAGAUUAAGCCACAGCGCGACGGUGGAUUUCUGUCAUCAACACCCUGAAUUGAUGGAGUAUUUGAGCCACUGCGCCUUUCUGCAGUGAAGAAGCUGCACUUUGGAGAGACGCGAUCGUUGCAAUAAAAGGUACAUCGUGACGAUUCAGGACCAGCGCUGAGGGAACGCACGCGGGUUUGGUGUUUGUGCCGACUUGUCCACUGUUGUUUGGGCCCGACGCCGUGAGAGGAAUGAGACUGGCGGCAGGUUGGCUGCUCGCCUCCAUCUGUGCCCUGCUGCUCGACACCCACCUCUGCCAUGCCAUCCGCUGGCUGGCUUUGUCCAGGACUGGAGCCUCUCUACCCUUCAACCAGACCCAGAACUGUAAGCACUUGGAGGGUCUGGUUUCCGCCCAGCAGCAACUCUGCCGAAGCAACCUGGACCUCAUGCAGAGCAUCGUGCGGGCCGCUCGGGAGGUCCAGAAGACUUGUCGAAAAACCUUCACUGACAUGAGGUGGAACUGUUCCUCCAUCGAACUGGCCCCCUUCUUCCCACCGGACCUGGAGCGGGCUACCCGGGAGUCUGCCUUUGUCCACGCUCUGUCAGCGGCUGCCAUCAGCCACACGAUAGCCAGGGCCUGUACCUCGGGGGACCUGCCGGGCUGCUCCUGUGGCCCCGUGGCCCCCGAGGCGGCGGGGCCCGGCUUUCGAUGGGGCGGCUGCAACGACAACCUCAACUACGGAAUCCUGCUGGGGUCCAAGUUCUCCGACUCUCCGAUGAAGACGAAAAAAUCCCGCUCGCAGGCGAACAAGCUGAUGAACCUGCACAACAGCGAGGUCGGCCGGCAGGCUCUGAAGGCAUCGCUGGAGAUCAAGUGUAAAUGUCACGGGGUCUCAGGCUCGUGCUCGGUCAAGACCUGUUGGAAGGGCUUGCAGGAGCUCAGCUCCAUCGCCCAGGACCUCAAGCUGAAGUACCUGUCCGCCACUAGGGUGGUUCACCGGCCAGUGGGGACACGCAAGCAACUGGUGCCCAAGGAUAUCGACAUCAGGCCCAUCCGCGAGACGGAGCUGGUGUAUCUGCAGAGCUCGCCCGACUUCUGCACCAAGAACGUCAAGCUGGGCUCCAAUGGAACUCAAGAGAGGCAGUGCAACAAGACGUCCAAUGGCAGCGACAGCUGUACCCUGAUGUGUUGUGGCCGUGGCUACAACCCCUACACUGAGAAGGUGGUGGAGCGAUGCCAUUGCAAGUACCACUGGUGCUGCUAUGUUACCUGCAAGAAAUGCGAGAGGAUGGUGGAGAGGUACGUCUGCAAGUGAGCCCCUCGUCCCAGCCCCCCCCCCCCCCCCCCCCCCCCCCC